AUGAUAGCAGAGUACGAUGACUACCCUGUUGCGACGACUGAUCACUGCCUGCACUGCUUCGACACCGUCGCGAACCACUUCUCUCUCCUCGCCGCUGCGCCGCUGCCGAGCUUUGCCACACACGCCGCCUGCCCGCUCUUCGUCACUUGGAAGAGCAGGGCGAACGGCGCGCCGUCGCUGCGCGGCUGCAUCGGAUGUCUCAAGCCGCUUCCCAUCACGUCGCUGCGUGACUAUGCCCUCACGUCGGCGCUACGCGACCAGCGGUUCGACCCCAUCGAGCCGCGCGAGCUGCCGCAGCUCAGCUGCACGGUCUCGCUGCUCACGCACUUUGAGCGCGCGCGCGACGCCCACGACUGGGAGGUCGGGUCGCAUGGCGUGCUGAUCGACUUUGACGACCCGUCGGGCGUCGCGCGGAGUGGAGUCUACCUGCCCGAGGUGAUGGUGGAGCAGGGCUGGAGCCGGCAACAGACCAUUGACUCGUUGAUACGCAAGGCCGGCUUCAAGCACACCAUCACCGACCAGCUCCGCCACUCGCUCCGCCUCACACGCUUCCGCAGUACCACGGCCACCGCCUCGUACGAGCAGUGGGCGCAAGCAAGAAGCGGCGCAACGCUGUGA